AUGUCAGCCCACGAUCGGCCUCCAUCACCCGAUUUUAUCAACAGUUUAUUCCCCCACAAGACGUGGCCUGGACCGUGGAGUUCCCGGGCUUCCCGCCAGACGAAACAAGUACAGAGCAUGCUCGGUGAUUCGAAAGCCAACCGUGGUGGGGUAAGAAUCCUUUUGGCAACGUUCUUCGCCGAAUAUCGCUACCGUAAAUGGCCCUGGGGAUAUUUUAUCUACAGGGCAGUGUACCACGUCCCGGAAGAAGACUGGGCUAAGACUUUAGAGAAAAUAAACCGCUAUAUUUACUGUACUAUCUAUUCAAAGAUGUCCAACACGUUUCCGGAGCCUACCCGUUUGGUUUGGCAAGGCUACCGGAACGUUAUCACUGAGGAUGGAAAGCUGUUAGAAGAGGCUUCGGUGGAGCUGGUUCGGCGCCUCUUCAAGGACUGGGUGGAAUGA